AUGAUUUCAUUUAUUGUUAGCUGUAAACAGCGAGCACAUACGGGAAAAAUAAAAAUGCUCAACUUUAAGAGCGCUAAUUUUCCAAGGCUGAGAGCUGCUCUCCAAGACUUAAGACUGGGAGGGAAUAUUGGCAUCAAUGAAAACAACACAUAAAUGGGAGUUCUUCAAAGACUGUAUGUGACCACACUGCAAAAUACAUUCCCAUGGGCAACAAGUUUAAAAGGCUAAAAAUCAAACCUAUGUGGACUUACGGACAAAAUUAAAAAAGCUAUAAAUAAUGAGAAAAGAGCUUUUAUCAGAUAUAAAAACGAAGGAACGCUAUUAUCGCUGAAACAUUACAAAGAAAA